AUGCCAAACAACUUGAAAAGACUUCCCGUUCCUCCUCUGCAGGACACGCUCAACCGCUACCUAGCACGCGUGGAACCGCUGCAGGACGAACGCCAGAACCGCCGCACGCGCCGCACUGUGCUCUCCGCAGAAAACCUGGACGCACUGAACACGCUGCACGAGCGGCUGCUAGAAUACGACGCACGCCUCGCAGCAAACAACCCCCAAUCUUCGUACAUCGAGCAGUUUUGGUACGACGCGUACCUGCUGUACGACGCAUCCGUCGUCCUCAACGUUAACCCGUACUUCCAACUGCAAGACGACCCAACCAUCAAAGACACCCCAGAGACCGCGGCACAGGGACCGUACGGCGCUCACACGGUGCAAGUACGUCGUGCCGCACGACUCACCACCUCCAUCCUCAAGUUCAUCCGCCAGAUCCGCCACGGCACUCUGCGCACAGACACCGUGCGCGGCAAAACGCCCCUGUCCAUGGACCAAUAUGAGCGGCUAUUUGGAUCCAGCAGAAUACCUCCGGGCCCCGGCGAGCCCUCUUGCCACUUGCAAACAGACGCCACGUCGCAUCACGUGGUGGCAAUGUAUCGUGGCCAGUUCUACUGGUUCGACGUGCUGGACACCCGCAACGAGCCCAUCUUUGCCACCCCAGAGCAACUGGAAUGGAACCUGUACUCCAUCAUCAUGGACGCGGAAUCCGCCUCCAGCGGAUCCGCGCCCUUUGGCGUGUUCACCACCGAGUCGCGUCGUGUGUGGUCCAACAUCAGAGACUAUCUGUUCCACGCCGAAGACUGUACCAACUGGCGCAAUCUCAAACUGAUCGACUCCGCGUUGUUCGUGAUCUGUCUCGACGACGUAGCGUUUGCCGCGGACCAACAGGACGAGCUCACGCGUUCGAUGCUGUGCGGGACUUCCAACAUCAACCUCGACCCGCGCCAGCACCAGCCGCCAUUGAACGUGCAAACGGGUACCUGUCUCAACCGCUGGUAUGACAAGUUACAACUGAUCGUGACCAAGAACGGCAAGGCCGGCAUCAACUUCGAACACACGGGCGUAGACGGCCACACCGUGCUGCGACUUGCCACAGACAUCUACACAGACUCGAUUCUGAGUUUUGCACGUGGUGUCACCAAGAACGUAGUGGACAUCUUUGGCGAUGAUGGGAAACCACCAUCAUCAUCAGCAUCAGCAGCAUCAGCCGCUCGCUCCGCCAACUUGAUCACCAUCCCCCGUAAACUGGAAUGGCGUACGGAUAAUUUUCUGCAAUCAUCGUUGCACUUUGCCGAGACCCGCAUCUCGGACCUCAUCUCGCAGUACGAGUUUGUCAAUCUUGACUUCUCGCAAUACGGCGCCUCGCACGUCAAGUCGCUGUUCAAAUGCUCUCCGGACGCCUUCGUGCAGCAGGUGUUCCAGGUCGCCUAUUUCGCGCUGUACGGCCGGUUCGAGACCGUGUACGAGCCUGCCAUGACCAAGGCGUUCCAGAACGGCCGCACGGAGGCCAUCCGUUCUGUUACGCUGCAAUCCAAGCUCUUUGUCAAGUCGCUGCUGGACCAGGACGCCUCGGACUCCACCAAGGUCCAGCUCUUGCACGAGGCGUGCGCCGCACAUUCGCAAAUCACUAGGGAAUGCUCGCAGGGUCUGGGCCAGGACCGCCACCUGUAUGCUCUAUACUGCAUCUGGAACCAGUGGUACAAGGACAAGCUGGAGCUGCCUCCCAUCUUCCAGGACAAGUCGUGGGCCGCCAUGCAGAACAACGUUUUGAGCACUUCCAACUGCGGUAACCCAUGCCUCAGAAGUUUCGGGUUCGGACCCGUCACUGCUAACGGCUUCGGCAUCGGCUACAUCAUCAGAGACCAUUCCAUCUCCGUGGUUGUGUCUUCGAGGCAUCGUCAAACGGCUCGGUUCGUGUCACUCAUGGAGAAGUCCCUACUUGAGAUCGACCGCAUCUUCAAGCGGCAACAACGGCACGCAGCAAAGCCUGCCGCGAGGGCCACUGCCAGUGCGGGCACUAAGUCGGAAGACAUGAAGUAUCUGCUGUCUGGCUAUGACUACUUUGACGUCAGCGUCUCGGGCUGA